GGACGUUGGGAACCCAGCCAUCAGAAGAGCGCAGCUCGGCUCUGCGGUCGCCAGGGCGCUAGCGCAGGACUCAGGUCCCUCUCAGCCGGUCCCGCUGCCCGCCUCGUCCCCGGACUUUCUGCCCAUCCCGGCCUCCAGGGCCCGGGCCGCGGUGCUGGACACCCGAGGCCCCUCUACUAGCAUUCUGGGCUCCGGCGCGGGCUCCUACCGGGGCUGCUGCUGCUGCCGCCUCUGCUGCCGCAGUCGGCAGUGCCUGCUCUCGAGGACACCCACCCGGGACUGUGCGGUCUCGCCUGGCCCAACGCUGCUCCGCUGGGAUUCCUGGGCUGCUUUCCCGGAGCUGGGGACUUUCAUCCACCUCCAGCCCCCCUCCCCGUGAGCCAUGGAGAAGUCGAUUGGAAUAUUGGUCCAAGGAGGUACUUUGGGAUCAUCGGGCAGUGCCACUGCGAUGCCUUCGAAGUUGUCUCUAGUGGCCUUGGCCAUUUUCAUCUCUGUUACCCAAGUUGUGAUAGAGGCCAGCUCUUGGUGGUCUUUAGGUAUGAAUAACCCUGUUCAGAUGUCAGAAGUCUAUAUCAUAGGAGCUCAGCCCUUGUGUAGCCAACUGGCAGGGCUUUCUCAAGGCCAGAAGAAACUCUGUCAUCUCUAUCAAGACCACAUGCAAUACAUUGGAGAAGGAGCAAAAACGGGCAUUAAGGAAUGCCAGUACCAAUUUCGACAUAGACGAUGGAACUGUAGCACUGUGGACAACACCUCCGUUUUUGGAAGGGUCAUGCAGAUAGGUAGCAGGGAGACGGCCUUCACUUACGCAGUGAGUGCUGCUGGGGUGGUCAAUGCCAUGAGCCGGGCUUGCAGGGAAGGGGAGCUGUCCACCUGCGGCUGUAGCCGGGCUGCUCGGCCCAAAGACCUGCCCCGGGACUGGCUUUGGGGAGGCUGUGGGGACAACAUCGACUACGGGUACCGCUUUGCCAAGGAGUUUGUAGAUGCUCGGGAGCGGGAGAGAAUCCAUUCCAAGGGCUCCUAUGAGAGCGCCCGGACCCUAAUGAACCUGCACAACAAUGAAGCUGGAAGGAGGACUGUCUUUAACUUGGCAGAUGUGGCCUGCAAGUGCCAUGGGGUGUCUGGCUCUUGUAGCUUGAAGACCUGUUGGCUACAGCUGGCUGAUUUCCGGAAAGUAGGGGAUGCCUUGAAGGAGAAAUAUGACAGCGCUGCAGCCAUGAAACUCAACAGCCGGGGCAAACUGGUGCAAGUCAACAGCCGUUUCAAUACACCCACCACGCAGGACCUGGUCUACAUUGACCCGAGCCCGGAUUACUGUGUGCGCAAUGAGAGCACGGGGUCCCUGGGCACACAGGGCCGGCUCUGCAAUAAGACCUCGGAAGGCAUGGACGGCUGCGAGCUCAUGUGCUGUGGCCGCGGCUAUGACCAGUUCAAGACGGUACAGACAGAACGCUGCCACUGCAAAUUUCACUGGUGCUGUUAUGUCAAAUGCAAGAAAUGCACUGAGAUCGUGGACCAGUUUGUGUGCAAAUAGCAGGGCUGCUGCCUCCAGCAGGGGGCACCCUCUCUACCCCAGGACUAUUCUCCACUUUAUUUAUAGAGCGCUCAAUGAUGUCUUCACCCCUCCCCACACCCCUCUACCCCAAGUUGCAAAUAGAAGCAACUAGAACCAUUUUCUGCUCCCAUUCAAGAACUAUGUGGUUUAUUAUUGUUAUUAUUAUUGUUAUUAUUAUUAUUAUUUGGCAAAAAAUUGGGGGGGGGACACCAAGAAAAUAUUUAUUUUAUGGGGAAAAGGUGGAAAUGAGACUUGUGAUAGUGCAGAAUGAGGGGAAAUCAAACCUAUCCCAAUGUAAUGACAUGGGACAUAGCUCACAGAGAGGAGGAAAAGGAACCUCUAUCUCUUGUCUCCUUCCUUUGUCCCGAGGAUCCCUGCACGGUGGGAUUCAGAUGGGACACAGCUGAUGGAUCACAUUCAGUGGUGGUCUUCAUCUCUAUCUGACUCAGCAUCCUCAGCCCAAUUGAAUUGUGCCUAUUAGAUCACUAGGAAAGCCCCACACAGGUCUCAUGAAACCAAUGCUCAUCCCGGGAUGGGGGAUGGGGGAGGCAUUGCCAAAGCUAUUUCUCUCUUACCAACGGUGACAGGCUCCUUGGAACGAAGCAGAGAAGUUCCAGCAUCACUCAGGGGGGCAAGGUGUCUGAUGUGUAUUCUUUCCACCUGCCUAAUGUCCUUUGUCAUUGAACAACUUUGUUCUAAUAGUGAAAUCUAGAGGAGGGUGAGAGGGAGAAGGAAUUUAAAUAAAUACCUUUAAUGACAAGGUCAGGUCAAUAGUUUGAAACCCUGUGGAUAAAUCUCAUUUGUGAGAGGGAAGAGGCCUCCAGCCUCAAAGAAUCAUCUCUUUCUUCAAGGGCAUCUUCUUCUCCUUCCUCCCUUUUUUUAAUUUAAAGGAAAAACAAAGCAUUUCCCCUAGAAGUGCCUGGUUAACAAGUGACAGAAGAGUGAGAAUGAGCUAGCAUUGCAAAGUCCCACCUGGCCCAAACCUGCCAGAAGGCAGUGUCCUUCAGUGUACAACUGGGAUGGCCCCAGUCAGAAAAAGGCAUUUCCGAUCGGUUUCCCCUGCUCCCACCCCCAGCCCUCCCUGAUCCUGGGCUGUGAUGGCUGGCCGCCUUCCCCAAAUGCACCUCCGCAUCUCUCCCCUGUGAUUUUUACAAGAGGAAAUGAAUCAUGCGAGCCACCUUCUGAGAACUCUGAAUUCCUCAUGGACUUUCUGUAAAGAGUCUUAUUCGGAGGAGACGAGAGCUUUAUAUUUUAAUGACUUUUAUGUGGCUAAUUCACUUCAAGGAGGUGUUGCAGCAAUCCAAGUUAUGACCCUGUAUUUUGACGAUACAUUCUUACCUCUUGUAAUAGCCUGUAGGUAGACAGACAGACACUCUAGGAACUCAGAAAGAACUUGGACAGGGGAAUGAAUCUAGAUGGGAAAAUGUGGUCUGAUGGUGCCUGAUAUCUCAAAGGUUUUUUUUGUACAUAAUAUAUAUAUAUAUAUAUAUAUAUAUAUAAUAUACAUAUAUAAAUAUAAAUAUAUCUUAAUACAGUCAGUGAUCUGAACUUUUACAGCUUACUACGGGGCUGCUUGUCAAUUUGGGGCAAUGGAGGCCUCUUUUUAGUACAAGGCAAUUAGGGUUUUUAUGGUAAAGGUUUUCUGAGCUGGGGUUAGAUGUGAUGAUGUCACACACAGGUGUUCUUUCCUAGGUUUUGGGGCUAUGGACGAGGUACGAUUUACAUAAGGUCUCAUGGGUUAGAAGACAUCUUUUUCCCACCCUCCCUGAAUCUGUCCCCUGUUUCCUUUCAAUUUCCUGAGAGGGCAUUACUGACCACUGAAAAGGAGAAAGAGCAGAAUUUACUAGCAUCCUUGAUUGGCCCCUUUUGCCCAUGUAUUUCUUUAAAUGGGAAUACAGACUUUUUAGAGUUCUUGAAAAUUGACCAAAAAAUAACAACAAACUCAGCUCACAGCAUAUCUGGUGUUGUUGUCUAAGACGGCUCUUUCAACCCAAAUCCCCCUGAAUCUGGCCUUCAGUGUUUCGUCUCCAUGAUACCCUCCCCUGACAGUCCUGAGAGAAUAAUUCUUCCCAGGUCCAGUGCUGGUAGGAUGCCCAGCUUUUCCAUCAUUUCUCAGCUUCUUAAUCCACACUUUCUCACUUUUAAUUUAUUACACAAGGACAUAAAUUUACCCUUCAUUGCUGGAGAUUCUAACAAAAAUAUCUUAAAGUAGAAAAACACCAAUUUGUUGAAGAUGUCACUUCUGGGGGUGUUUUCUACCAAAAAAAACCCAUGAAUUAUUUUUUCUCUCCUUUGAUAAACCAGAGUUUUUUAAAUUAAAAAUUUUUGAGUGAUCAUGUUCUUGAAUAGAGCUGAGUUGAACAAUCCUAACUAUUAAACAAUAUUUAAUGUAAUAUAUUUUACUGGUCUUUCAGAUAUUCUGUAAAUCUUCUCUUCCCUAUCCUUUCUUUUGUACAUUUAAUGUACAUAUUUCUGCCUUGUGUGAUUUGUAAAUUUCACUGGUCUGAGAUAUAAGCAAUGAAAGGCUUCUGUGGUGAUGAAAGAUAGACUAUAAAAUAAAACAUUGGUUGUA